AUGCAUGCUAGUACUGUUGGCGCUGUACACAGUGCAGGGAAUACCGUUAGGUCUGCGCACUGCGCUGCCUCUCAUCAUUUACGACAGAGUGUCGUAUUCCCAAAUGGCAUACCUCUCAUGCACAGCGCUACCCUUCUGUCUAAAGCUGCUGUGGGCACCCGUAGUAGACGUCCUGUACUGGAAGCGCCUCGGAAAACGGAAGACAUGGAUUAUUCCCAUUCAGAUCAUCUGCGCGGCGCUCCUCCUUUACGGCGGUUUAAACAACAAAAUGGACAAAUGGUAGCAGAGAAAUGCGUGUAA